AUGUCCUUGCUCUUCGCGUGGACUCAGAAAUACAGUUUGAAAGAUCCUCGCCAAAGGCGUUACUCUCCCCUCCUUGCCGCUGCAGCGGGCCUCUCCUCGGUCGCCUUUGUCGAGAUCACCGAGAAUCAUGACGAGAACAAGACGGUCGAGAUGCAGAUGCUGGAAGCCUCGCGGCAGGAAAUCAGUAAGAAGGUACCUGAAGAUGCCCACGGCCUACGACGAUUGUACAAAAGCAUAAUAUAUUUCCUGGAUCAAUAUGUUUACGAACCCUUAGCGACUGGUGUCCGCUUCCUCUACCUGGUCGUUAUCUUCGUUCCCGUCAUUGCAACCGUACCGAUUGUGCUCAUUGGGCCGCGGAGAAAAGAUCGCGACAAUGAAAGGAGCGGGACAAUAUGGUGGUACGGUUUUCUGGUCACUGCCAUGGAAAGAGCAGGUCCGGCCUUCAUCAAGCUGGGACAAUGGGCUGCCUCGAGGUCCGAUAUCUUCCCUGCAGAAAUGUGCAAGGUCAUGUCCACAUUGCACUCUAACGCACCGGCUCACUCACUCCGACAUACCAAAAGGACAAUCUGCGAGGCUUUUGGCGGCAGGAAUUUUGACGAGAUCUUCCUAGAGUUCGACGAAAAGCCUUUGGGUGUCGGUGCUAUCGCUCAAGUCUACAAAGCCAGAUUGAAGCCUAACCUGGCGAGACCAGACGACAGCGACCUCGAACAUCAUGACAAGCACCGGUUAAGGCAUCGAAUCAGGAGAAAUGUCAAUGCCCUGGUCAAGUCGAGCCCUCAGAGGAUACCUUCGGCAUACGUUGCUAUCAAGGUCCUUCAUCCCAAGGUUGAAAGAAAUGUCCGCCGAGACCUCAAAAUCAUGGCCAUCUUCGCAUCGAUCAUUAAUGCCAUUCCCACAUUGGAAUGGCUAGAUCUCCCCAAUGAAGUUGCCAAUUUCGGCGAAAUGAUGCGAUUGCAACUCGACCUUAGAAUCGAAGCUGCCAACCUCACAAUCCUCCGGAAGAAUUUCCAAAACCGCACAACAGCAUGGUUCCCACACCCGUACACAGAUUUCACAACACGCACUGUCCUUGUCGAGGAAUUUGCGCAAGGCCUACCACUAGCAGCAUUUUUAGAGUCUGGAGGCGGAGUCUUCCAACAAGAAAUUGCAAACGAAGGUCUAGACGCAUUCUUGCACAUGCUCUUGAUAGACAACUUUGUCCAUGCGGAUCUGCAUCCCGGCAAUAUCAUGGUCAAUUUCUACAAGCCGACGCAACCCGAUGUCAAACUACCAUACAUGUCCAGACAAGAUCCUACGCAGCCGUCGACCGCAACCGAAAUCGACGAGUCUGAGGCCGUGCUCUCACGUCUGCGUCCCCACGUGGGCAAAAAGCAAGAAUGGCUCGCGGCGCUGAAUCAGAUCGAUAACGAAGGGUAUAGACCGCAGUUGAUUUUCAUUGACACUGGCCUUGUCACGGAGCUCAACAGCAAGAACAGGACGAAUUUCCUGGACCUCUUCAGAGCGAUUGCCGAGUUUGACGGCUAUCGGGCCGGACACCUGAUGAUCGAACGGUGCCGGCAGCCGGACGCGGUCAUCGACGGGGAGGUCUUCGCCCUGAAAAUGCAGCAUCUUGUUCUGUCGGUCAAAGGCCAGACGUUUGCGCUCGGCCACAUCAAGAUCGGCGACGUCCUCUCCGAGGUGUUGGGGAUGGUACGGUCUCACCAUGUCCGAAUGGAAGGCGAUUUUGUCAACGUGGUCAUCUCGAUCUUACUUCUCGAAGGCAUUGGCAGAACGCUGGACCCGGAUCUGGAUCUGUUCAAGAGUGCUCUACCGAUCUUGAGACAGCUAGGUUCAUCGGAUCCUGGUGCUGUCCUGAAGAGUUUCAAAGAAGGAGACUUCUCACUGUUGAAGAUCUGGGUUGGACUCGAGGCACGGAGAUUCUUCCAAGCCAGCGCCGAGAGUGUCGAGAUGUGUGUGAAAUAUGACUUGCUCAGUCCUAAUUUUUGA